UCAUUCUUCACCAUCCAAAUUUCUUGAAUAUUAUUAGUUCCCGUAGUAUCCAAUUCUUUUCUCUUAUCUUUCAAUCUCAUAUUGAUCCUUCAAGAAAAGAGAAGGGAAAGCUUCGAGUUUUGAUCAAGAAUGGAGUGUUAUCCGUUGGACCUUACCAUCAUAUCUGCAGAGGGAUUAAAGAAUGUCAACGUGUUCUCGAGAAUGGAUGUUUAUGCCAAGGUUAAGAUUUUGGGAUACCCCAAGAACAAGCAGAAGACGCACGUUGACAAGAAUGGUGGCACCGCUCCCAAAUGGAACCAUCACAUGAAAUUCAUCAUUGAUGAGCCUUCCCUUAACAAUCCAGGCGUAUCCCUCCUCAUUAAGCUCAAGUCUGACCGCACUUUCGGCUCUGACAAGGAGAUUGGAGAGGUUAACCUCCCGAUCUCUGAACUUUUCAAUGGUGGUGUUGAUGCUGACACGAAGGAUUCAGGCGAAAGGGUCGUGGAAUAUCAGGUCAGGACCUCCUCGGGAAAGCCCAAGGGAACCAUCAAGUUCUCGUACAAGUUUGGGGAAAAGUUCAAGCAAGAGGCGGAAGCCAAGAAGAAGAAUGUGGGUGAGCCUGUAACCGCUUAUCCUGCCCCGCAACAUGCUGCAGGGGCUAGCAUGGCAUACCCGCCCCAUUAUGAUCAGGGGUAUGCUAUGCCCCCUCCUGGUUACCAGCAGCCCUAUGGAGGAUAUGCUCCUCCUCCUCCAGGAUAUGGUGGAUACCCUCCUCCUUCAGGGUAUCCACCUGCUGGUGCGCCGGGAUAUGGAUAUCCACCCCCGCCCGGGUACGGAUAUCCUCCUCAGCCAUACCAGCAAGUCCAGCCCCCUAAGAAAGAAAAGAACAAGAUGGGAGGUCUUGGCCUGGGGUUAGGGGCUGGAUUGCUUGGAGGGCUGCUGGUUGGAGAUAUGAUGUCUGAUGUCGGAGAAAUGGCUGCCUAUGAUGCAGGCUAUGACGAUGCAAUGGGUUUCUAGAUGAUGAUGAUGACGAUGGGAUUAUCAGUGUUCUAACCAUGUUUUAAUGGUUAGUUAACUUGGGUUUUUUACAGAGCUCUCUAAGGAUCUGAAUGGAGCUUGAUGUUUUAUAUUAGCAUAGCCAUUCGUCUUUUUCGAUUUUUUGGUGUUUUGAGAGGGAGAGAGAGAGAGAGACUGGAAUGGGGAAUGAUAAACAGAAACAUUAUGUUGAUGUAUAUAUGUUUUGUCAUUGACCUUGACAGUAAGUCAAUUCGAUUGACUACUUUUCUUUUUUUUUUUUCUAAUAUGGAUCUUUUUAUUUUAUUUUA